UUUAAAGGGGAUGCUUGAAUAAAGAUAUUCAAACAAGCAUUGCCUUACUUUUAUUCAGCCUUAAUCAGCUCUAUUUGAAAAAGGUGUGCUUGUUACUACGACGUUUAAAUAUGUAAUAAAAUAGACACAAUAAAUGCACCACUGGUUGUCAUGUACUGAAAACAACUUUGUGAAAUCUGUAUUAUGGCAUAAUAGCAAAUAGAAUUACUGCCCGCUACCUGGAUUGAGCUACGGUGUACCCAACAUUUACCCCGCUUUCCUUUUCUUUCUCUUUUUUUCCUAUACUCAUGACACACAAAGACUUGCAAUCAACAGCUGAUUCAAAUGAAGCAAUAAAAGAGAGUAUAACGGUUGAGAAAGAAGUGACAGUAGCUGAAUCUAGCACAACUGAGAAUGAUCCAAAUGUAGAAAAUACUAUUGUUACUACAAUCACUACUACAACCACUACUACAACUGAGUCAUCACUAGCGAUGACAAGAAAUAGUAGUCAAUCCUCUGAUCAAACAGUCAUUGUAUCCACUGGUUCAAUUCAGUCCCAACUGUCCCGAUCCAAUAGUCAAGAUCCCAUGUGGCGAUCAAGAAGUGAUCUUCGUAUAAUACAGACUAGAGCUGAGCUUAUUCGAAAUGCUUACAACAUGCAAAGAAGACAUACCAACAUGGCAGAUACCCCACUUAAUACAACUCCCGUAGCAAAACAUGACAUGGACCUCCUCCAAUCAUCCUCUUCCUUCUUUUCUUCAGACCGCAGCAGCUUUCAAUUAUUACAACAACAAAGCUCACUUGGCAGUCUUUCUGCAGAUCAAGAGCUGAGUGAAAAUCCAGAUCCUUGUGGCUUUUCAAUAGAUGCAAAUCAAUCUACAAAGACCUCAAAUGAAGAAGAAUUGGAUGAUACAGCCAAUGAGGAUGAAGAAGACUUUGAUGAGCUGAAUGUGCCACUUUCUGCUUCUCUUUAAGGAACAAAAAAAUGUGAUUUAUUUAUAAACAUUAGAAAGGAGAUUUCAUUUUUA